GGUGCGCUUACCAAGAGCUACUGAAAAAUGGACUUAAAUUGGGUGUAUGAGGAUUGGUUUUUGAGAGGUGAGAAAAUUUAAUAAAAUGUUAGCAUGAAAAUAUUAAUUUGUAUUUUGAUUUAGUACAGUUUGCGACGCCGGUGGUUCUGGUUCAGAGUGUGCUAGUGCUUCCAAAGGUGGUGUGACUGCUGUGGUAGCAGUGGCUGUUUUUUAGAUAAGCGAGGGCGCCAGGUAUCAAGAUUCAUUUCCCGCUCAUGUCAUACGGCAGCGAUACGUCGCACGUUUGGAGUGGAUCUGCAGGCAGCGAGGUGUCCCCAUACGGUCCGCUGUGGGACGCACCGCCCGCGCCGGUGCCCUACCCCGACAUCCUGGCGUUCCCGCCAGCCGACCUGGUGUGGUCGGCGGCGGGAUGCGGCCGCGGCCCGUCGCGCGCGUCCUCUGGUGGCAAGAAGCCACGGCGUCGCGUCGCGUCCGUCGCGCAACGACGCGCGGCAAAUAUACGGGAGAGGCGACGAAUGUUUAAUCUGAACGAGGCUUUUGACAAGUUGAGGAGAAAGGUCCCGACGUUUGCCUACGAGAAACGUCUCUCCCGCAUCGAGACCCUCCGGCUUGCCAUUACUUACAUCAGCUUCAUGUGCGAACUCCUCCACGGAUCUCCGCAACCACACCAUGCGCCGCCCAUACAGAGGCACGUCUUUGACGGAGAUGUGCCUUGGUGCGGUUAG